AGCAGAGAUCAGGAGCUGCCCCCGCUGAGCUCUGCCCUCGGUGUCCCCUCUCACCCAAACCCCACCUCGUAGCAUCACCCCCCGCUCCCGUGGCUGCUCCUGACCCCGCUGUCUCUGUGUCCCCAGACCCGCCGCCGGCUUUGCUAUGAGCUCAGCCGGGCCCUGCCCCCGCCGGGACCAGCAUGGGCAGCGUGAGCAGCCUCAUCUCCGGGCACAGCCUGCACAGCAAGCACUGCCGCGCCUCCCACUACCGCCUCCGAAAGCCCUCCCACCUCAAGAAACUCAACCGCUACUCGGACGGGCUGCUCCGCUUCGGCUUCUCCCAGGACUCCGGACACAAGUCCGGCUCCAAAAGCAGCAAGAAUGAGGACUUCUUCUACAUCAAGGUCAGCCAGAAGUCCCACGGCUCCCACCGGGACUACACCUCCCUGGCCGGAGGGGAGCUGGGCCAGGCCGGCGGCAGCAGCAGCAUCGACUUUGGGACGCCCACGCCGCAGAAGCUGCUGCCCUUUCCCAGCCAGCUGGAAGUGGGUGUGGACAAGCCUCCUGCCCGUCCCACCGCCUUCAAGCCGGUGCUGCCGCGCUCGGGGGCCAUCCUGCACUCCUCCUCCUCCCCCGAGAGCGGGGGACACCUCCCCCCGCCCCUGCAACCCCCGGAGAAAGCCAAGGAGCAGGAGCUGAAGCCCGUGCUGUGCUCGGGGGGUCUGUCUGACUCGGGCAGGAACUCCAUGUCCAGCCUCCCCACCCACAGCACCAGCAGCAGUUACCAGCUCGAGCCCCUCGUCACCCCCAUGGGCCCCAUCAGCCGCUUCGGGGGCUCUGCCCACAACAUCCUGCAGUGUGCCAUCAUCCAGGACAGCAACAUGAUGAGCCUCAAGGCCAUGUCCUUCUCCGACGGGGGCAACAAGAUCCUGAACCCCGGCAAAGCCCCUCACCACCACCACGGAGCCGCGGAGAAAACCGCCUGCGUCCGCUCGCCCAUCUCCACCGACGAGUCCACCAUCCAGGAGCUGGAGCAGAAGCUGCUGGAGAGGGAGGGGGAGCUGCAGGAGCUUCAGUCGAGCUUCGAGGAGAAGGAAAUCAGCUCCUGCCAGGCCUACGAGGAGAAGCAGCGGCGCUGCAAGGAGGAGCUGGAGGGCCUCAAGCAGAAGUGCAACAGCAAACUCAAGCAGACCUCGCAGAAAACGCAGCGCACGCAGCAGGUCCUUCACCUCCAGGUCUUCCAGCUGCAGCAGGAGAAGCAGCAGCUCCGGGAGGAGCUGGAGAAACUCGUGAAGGAGCAGAACCUGCUGGAGACCAAGCUGAGGUCCUACGAGAAGGAGAAGACCAGCUUCGCCCCGGCGCUGGAGGAGACGCAGUGGGAGGUGUGCCAGAAAUCCGGGGAGAUCUCCCUGCUGAAGCAGCAGCUGAAGGAGUCGCAGACGGAGCUCAACACCAAGACCACCGAGAUCCUCGGCCUGAAGGCGCAGCUGAAGGAGGUGAGGGCGAAGAUGGAAGGGCUGGAGAUGAAGACCCAGGACCUGGAGGUGUCCCUGCGCACCAAGGCCAUGGAGCUGGAGGUGUGCGAGAACGAGCUGCAGCGCAAGAAGAACGAGUCGGAGCUGCUGCGGGAGAAGGUGAACCUGCUGGAGCAGGAGAUCGUGGACCUGCGCACGGAGCUCGCCGUGCUCAGGGAGCAGCUGAGCGAGGCCCGGGAGGGGCCCGGGCCCUGUGCGGGGCUGGAGGAGGCCCAAGCCCUGCAGGGCGAGGUGGAGAGGCUGCGGGCAGAGCUGGAGGCCGAGCGGGACAACAACGAGCAGAUGACCUCCGGCUUCCAGCACGAGCGGCAGACGUGGAAGGAGGAGAAGGAGAAGGUGAUCCACUACCAGAAGCAGCUGCAGCAGAGCUACCUGCACAUGUACAAGAGGAACCAGAACCUGGAGAAGAUGCUGCAGCAGCUGGCGGCAGGGGAGGACGGCAAGGAGCCCAUCGAGCUGGAGAUCCCCGGCGCCGACGUGCCCUACGAGGACAUCAUCGCCACCGAGAUCUGAGCCGGCCCUGCCCUGCCCUGCCCUGCCCUGCCCUGCCCUGCCCUGCCUGCAGCUCAGGGCAGGUGUCCCUCUCCAGGGGGGACAUGCUGCCCGUGCCUUGUACAGUCCAGCUGAGCCAUGUAUUUAUCCGGGGGGCUCCCGGCCCCGCUCCCUGCCCGUCCCGGUGCUCCCCGUCGCCUGUCGUGUUACAGAGGUGAACAAGCAACUCGUGCCAGUGGUGACGUGCCAGCAGCUCCCCCCGCCCCGGCAGUGCCCCUUCUGCCCCUGGGAGGACUGAGGAGCCGGCGAUGGGGUGGUCAGGGGACAGGAACCCAGCAGAUUAACUCCCGUCGAUGCACAGCGCCCGAGGGGUGCUCUGCUCCAGGCUCGGAGGGAUCAGGGCACAGCUCCGGGGGUGGGGACACCAAAACUCCGGGCAAUGGGGACGCCACGGUCCUUCCCACUGCCUUUGGAGGGAAUCAGCCACAGCACACGCCCAGCUCCCUGCAGGAAGCACCACGCUGCUCUCACACCUCCUCACCCUUCUCCGUCAGUGCCAAUCCCAGAGCGCUGUGGGACCACGGAGCCACCUCCUGCCACUGGCACAUCCACUGCUCCCACCCUCGGGCCGCUGCAGUGCCUCAGGAAGGACCCCACCUGCACCCCCCCAGCGGGUUACAGCCAAAACCCCCCAAAAUCCCCGUUCACUGAAGGGCACAGCCCACCCUGCACCCCCCCUGCACAUCCCCGGGUGAGCCGUGGCCAGCCCAGCACUCCCUGCUCUGCUGGACGAGGACUCGGCGUCCCUUUCCCAGCUACCAGGCAGCAGCUGGAUUUCAGAGCUAGGAGAAGUGUCCCAGCCACAGUCUGACCAAGGAAUCGGGGUUGUGUUCACCCCACAGCCCCCCACACUCGCUGCGACCGUCCCCUCCGGGACCCCCGGCUGCCUUAUCUCCUGCUGUGUCCUUACAUCCACGGGAUCCCAUCGAGAGGAGCUGGUUAAAAGAACCCCCCCC